AUGGCCUUGGCUAUGUUCUGUGGCAGCAACAAGCUGAUGCAACUUGGCGCAUACUCCACGUUUGAAGUCGUAACUGAUCACCGUCCGCUCGUUCCAAUUCUGAACACCUACUACCUUGAUCAGAUUGAGAACCCUCGUCUCCAGCGGCUUGUGCUGAAACUUCGGCCCUAUCAGUUGCACGCAAGUUGGCGCAAAGGCAGCGAUCAUGCAUUCCCGGAUGCUCUGUCUCGCCAUCCAGUCCGUGAUCCCUGUCCUGAAGACGAGCUUGGUGAAGACUCGUCAUCUCAAUCCAUCCGUGCUUGUCUACAAGAGGAUUCUGGCAACUUGCGCUUCCAUCAGCUCCGUUCUGCCGCGCAUGCUGAUCCUGACUACCAGCGCCUAGUACAGUACAUCAUGACCGGCUUCCCUGAGAAGAAGUCCCAAAUGCCCGAGUCGCUACAGCCCUACUGGAAUGGUCAUGAACAUUUGUCGAUCGAUAAUGAUCUGGUGAUGAAAGGCCCUCGCCUUCUGAUCCCCACAGCCCUACGUCAGCACGUACUGUCGGAUCUACAUGCCUCUCAUCAAGGUUUGACCCGCACCAAGUCACGUGCACGGCAAAUAGUGUUCUGGCCUAGCAUAUCCUCUGAUAUCGAGCGUGUCAUCCGCAGUUGUGAUCAAUGUCGCCUCUAUGGAGCUUCGCAGCCCAAGGAACCACUCCGCUGUGAAGACCGUACACCAAGUCUGCCCUUCCAACACACUAGCACUGACCUCUUUGAGUGCGAAGGCUGGCAGUACCUGGUUUAUGUUGACCGCCUGACUGGUUGGCCUUGUGUCGCCAAAGUCGGACGCACAGCAUCCUGGGCAGACGUCAUCCGCUUAUUACGUCGCUGGUUUCCAGACAUCGGUGUACCAGAAGUGCUGACAAGCGACGGCGGCCCACAGUUUCAAUCACACAGAUUCGUCAAGUUCUGCGAACCGUGGGGUAUUCGGCAUGCAACAUCCUCUCCCCAUUAUCCGCAGUCCAACGGCCUAGCAGAGAAUGCUGUCAAAGCCAUGAAACGGUUGAUCCAGAAGACUACUAGCAAUGGCGACCUCUACACCGAUUCUUUUCAGCGUGCAUUACUUGAAUGGAGGAAUACCCCCAACGCUACCGGCCGUAGUCCAGCACAGGCAUUGUAUGGUCGUCCGUUACCCUCCUUUGUAUUUGCUCAUCAUGCCAGCUUUGCCCCUGAGUGGCAGCGUCAAGCUGAAGUGAUUGAUGCCCAGUCCAGCAAGCACGCUACAUCUACACAGAAGCGCUACGACCAGUCGGCUCGUCCGCUGUCUCGCCUGGCCAUAGGCGUGCCAGUUGAUAUCCAGCACCCGAGGACCAAACUUUGGUCAUCGUAUGGAAUCAUUGUCGGUAUUGGCCAGCACCGUGACUACCUGGUUAAAGUGCCCAGUGGUCGCGUCUACUGGCGCAAUCGUCGUUUCCACCGUCCCAGAGUGUUGCCUGCCCCGACAUCCGCAGCAGCCUCCACUCCUGACCCUGUUGAUUUCGCACCUAUCAACAUAUCGCAACCAGAUGCUGUUGUUGCCCAACCUGCGACUGCUCCAGCUCAACGCCGCAGCGGUCGUCCCCGCCAGCAGAAUGUUCCGCUCAAUAUAAUCUCAACCAGUGGACAAUCUUUUGACUAG